CACCCUUCACCAUCUUAUCUCCAGCACCUCCUCCUCUUCCCAUGGCGUCGGCCAAGUUAGAGUCCAGCGUCCUGCAGGAGGAGCUCACCUGCCCGGUGUGUCUGGACCUGUACCGCGACCCCUUCCUGCUUCCGUGCGGCCACAACUUCUGCAAGAUCUGCCUCGAUCACCUCAAGCGGCAGGCAGAGCGAGGUCGCCUCCGCUGCCCCGAGUGCCGCGACAGCCACCGCUGCGGCACCAACUUCCAGAAGAAUUUCAAACUAGCCAAUAUCGCCGACGACUUCCGCCACAGGCGCAGAGCCACCACUGAAGCUGCCACAGGUUUGAAAUCCAGAGGGUUGCUGUCGUCCUCUCGGAGCGUGUGCGUAGUUCCGUGUGACUACUGCCCCUCAGUCGCAGCCGAGGCGCCAGGCGUCAGCGGCGAGGGCGACCACUCUUCUGCUGCUUCUGUUUCUCAUGAAGGUGAUGGAGCCGCCGCCGCCGCCGCCGCCGCCGCCGUGUCGAUGUUUGCGGUCAAGACGUGCCUGAAAUGUGAGGUGUCCAUGUGCCAGGAGCACGUCAAGCCACAUCUGGAACUACCGGCGUUCUGCGAGCAUCCGCUGACAGAACCCAUAUUUGACUUCUGGAAGAGGAAGUGUCCCGCGCACGAUGAAAUCUACAGAUACUACUGCAUGGACGACAAGGUGUGUGUGUGUAACGCCUGCACCAUAGAAGGAGAACACUCGGGACACACAAUGAAGACCCUGAAGAACACGAUGAAAGAUCUCAAGGGCUCACUGGAUAAGCAGCUGUACCGGGUUGAAAGGAAGUACAGCAUGGCAGAGAAGAAACUGCAGGAGCAGAGGGAGAAGGAGAGACAGAACAAGAAGUUCAUGGACGACUCUGAGCAGUGCCUGAACAGACUCAGCGAGGAGAUGAAGGCCAAAGUGCUCGGCUUCGUCGGCAGACUGCGGGACUGCACGCGCACUCAGUGCGACACCAACGGGCUGGCCAUCCAGAAGAACAUCUCCAGGAUCUCGCAGGACCAAGCCCGUCUCCAGGAGGCUCGCUGUGGCCUCGAAAGUCUCAUGCAGGAAAAUGAUCCUUUCCGCUUCAUCGAGGCGUACAAGACCACGGGGAAACAGUGUCGUAGGCAGCUGAGAAGAAACUUGUUCUACCCAGAAUACGUUGACAUGGAGACGGAGGUUCUCGUAGCAAUGAUGGAAGAAGAAAUGAGGAAGUUCCUGGAUGAGGAGCUCCAGUGUAGCGUUGUUUCUGCCUUAAACUCCUUGUGUCAUCUUACAGAUCUCGAGGAGGAGGAAGAGCAGGAGGAGAAUGAGGAAGAGGCGGCAGAGGAGGAAGAUGAUGACGACGACCUCAAUGACAGCAGCGAGGAAGACAUGCGGAGCGAGGGCGAGGUGGAGGAAGACGAGGACGAGGACGACGACGAGGAAGGACCCAACCGGAGGGAGCUGGCAGAUGAUCUUUACAGUCCAGCGGAGGAAGAGGAGGAGGAGGAUGACAGUGAUGAGGAAGACGACGAGGAAGAAGAGGAUAGAGAAUGGGAGGUGGAGGAGGAGGAGGAGAGGGGGGUUUAACCGAGGAUGUGAUUUGUUUACACAUAUAUUUUUACACCUCUCGAAGCACUUUGACUUUGAUACUUCAGCUUCGAGUGAGUGCAGCAGAUGUUCCGACAUCUGUUUGAGUGUCACACACAUCCUCUCUCUGAAUGUCCCACCGACAGAACAGCUGCCACACUUUGCCUCAAACCUUCCACAGAACGCAGAGAUCUACGGGACGAGAGCAGAGCUGCGACUCAGAGCUGCGACUCAGAGCUGCGACUCGGCCUGAUUCAGAACUGAUCUCAUGUCAGACCUGAGCUGCAAACUGACAAAAACUGAAAGGAGAAAUAUGAUGCUUGUGAGUGAAGCAGAACAUGUCUCCUUUAAUAAAGGUGCUUUACAUUAGCAGAUAUUUACACAUACAGAUGAAUGUACAUUAACAGAAUGUGAUUCAAGACUGAAUUUAGAAUUAUUUGUUAGGAGAACUUUCACUUUGCUGGAAAAAAAGUUUAGUUCAUUAUUGUUUUCGAGUCCUCGAUGCACAAAUAUCUGAAUUCUUUGAGUUUCCCAGUUUUCACCAUAGAAAGCCUUUUCGAUCAGAAUCCUUGUGAACGGCUCAAAGAUUUGACCUAAAAGAUUUUAGAAGUUCGUCACAUACACCAGGCUACUAACGUGUGUGUGUGUGUGUGUGUGUGUGUGUGUGUGUGUGUGUGUGUGUGUGUGUGUGUGUGUGUGUGUGUGUGUGUGUGCGUGCGCGUGCAGAUUGU